ACUUGACGGGCCGACGUCAAAAGCCCAAAUCUCGGUGCACUUUUCAACAGUUGCUAGCCAUCUGCUCAGCGAGUCAGGUCUAGUGUGCGCUUCUCCCUUCAGUCCGACCAUUGCGACUCGUCCGGACUCGGAGAGUAGUAACCUCCUCCCAAUCACCAACCGUUGCGGAUUUUUGUUUGCUUCCAUUUUGUUUUUUUUUGUUUUUUUGCCCUUCCGUUGUUUUUGCGCUCGUGAAGUUCUGCACCAAUGAAGUCCUCACCAGUCGACAUGGAUCUUCGUCUCAGCAAAAAGAGCAGCUCCAAUUCCACGCCAUCCAGUCGAAUCUUGUACGAUAUUCCGUGCCGUGUGUGUCAGGAUCAUUCGUCCGGCAAACACUACGGCAUCUUCGCUUGCGACGGAUGCGCUGGAUUCUUCAAGCGUUCGAUUCGCCGUAAUCGCCAGUACAUCUGCAAGGCCAAGAGUGAAGGAGCUUGUCUGGUGGACAAGACUCAUCGCAACCAAUGCCGCGCUUGCCGUCUUCGCAAAUGCGUCGAAGUUGGCAUGAACAAAGAUGCUGUUCAACACGAACGCGGGCCGAGAAACUCUACGUUGCGUCGUCAAAUGUCGAUGUUCUAUUCGAUGAAAGGAUCGACCUCUUCGUCGCCGGAAAAUGGCGGAUCGGCCGACGCCGACAGUCCACCACCAUCGACCGGACGUGCCAGUCCGUUGAUGCCGUCGGGAAUGACGACACCGCCCUCUUCCACCGCCAUUCCAAUGUUCCGUCCGCAACAGAUGGGCGCUUUCUCUCCGCCGGCCACGUCGACGCCGACCAGCAACACGGUGCUCAGCGUUUCGUCAUCGCCUCCGUCCAGUUUGCUCAACUGCCCAACGGCCGAUCAUCAUCUUUCGCAACACUUGAGCCUGGCCGAACGGAUGUCCAUGUCCCUCUUGUCUCAUCACGCACGGCCUAUGAACCUCUUGUGCGCUCCUCAGCCCAAGUAUCCCCAUGAAAUGUUCAAUGCCCUUCCAGCGGCAGCAGCAGCCAUGAUGCCGUGGAGCUUCAGCCCUGAAACAAUUUGCGAAUCGGCUGCCCGUUUGCUGUUUAUGAACGUCCGAUGGGCCAAGAGUGUUCCCGCUUUCACCACGUUGCCUUCUCGCGAUCAGAUCAUCUUGUUGGAAGAAAGCUGGCGCGAGCUCUUCGUCCUCGGUGCCGCUCAAUUCACGCUACCCAUCGAAGCUGGUACUUUGAUGACGGCUCUAGGCCUAAGCAGCUCACCUUUCGGUAUGGCCGGUAUGCCUUGCCCGACUGCCGUCAGCACCGAACGUCAAUUAGGCCUACUGAGCGAAAUCAAAGCUUUCCAAGAAACGGUCGCCAAAUUCAAGCAAAUGAACGUCGACCCAACGGAGUACGCCUGCCUCCGCGCCGUCAUUCUUUUCAAAACCUCUGCUGGAUUACGCGACAUUCCGUCUGCUAUCAACUUGCAAGAUCAGGCGCAGCUGACGCUCAGCCGCUACGUCUCGACGGCCUACCCCAACCAGCCACUCCGCUUCGGCCGCCUUUUGCUCCUGUUGCCUGCCCUGCGUGCCAUCGCUCCGUCGACUAUCGAAGAGCUCUUUUUCCGCAAGACAAUCGGCAACAUCCCCAUCGAACGCAUCAUCAGCGACAUGUACAAGUCUGGCGAUUUGUAAGACGAAUUGUCUUCAUUUGUUUGUUUGUUUGUUUGUUUUUUGAAGCGACGUGUGGGGAAUGAAUCAUCGAAUUACUGCCUUGGUGUACAAAAUUGUACAGUAUAACGUUCCAUUAACGUGAAAAUAACAAUAGCUUAAGAAAUAUUACCGUGUAAUGUU